AUGUCCCGUACCGCAUCUCGGUCCAGCGAGGACGAAAAUCAAUCUUCCAGCUCAUUACCGGUGAUUCCUGUCGAGGGCGAAGCGCUGGUGCAAUCGCUGGCCGAAACCGAAUCGCAUCUCCCGGCUCCAAUCGACAUCAACGUGACUCGGGCGCUACAGAUCUCGCUUCCCCAGCUCAGCUGGCUCCAUUACGACCUUGUGCCAUCUCGGCUCAAGCUGGCCAACGUGGCCGGCCAGACAGUGAUUCUGAGUGCACGGUGGGAACGCACCAGCGGUCCGCCGACCGUGGCCGGAGGUCCCCUGUCCGGACGAUAUGUCUUUUCGCAGUUGCACUUCCACUGGGGCGCCACGGCCCUCGAUGGAAGCGAACACACCGUCGACGGUGACCGGUUGCCUCUGGAACUACACUUAGUGCACUAUAAUGAGCGGUUCGACAGCCAAGACGCCGCCCGGCUCGUCCCUGGCGGGAUCCUGUGUGUGGUGUACUUCUUUAAGCUCAGCCCAACCCCGAAUCGGUUCCUCGCGCCGCUCCUCAAGGCGCUGACAGCCGUGCUGCUACCCGAUUCAGGCACGAACCUCAAGCCAUUCCCGUUGUGUGACCUGUUCCACCCGUUCACCGAUGAGUACUUUGUGUACUGGGGCAGCUUGGACAGCGGCACCGUGCGAACGCCCCUUCUGUGGAUGCUCUCGCGAAGACAGGAAUCGAUCGAGUUUCGACAGUUGAAGAAGUUCAAUCGGCUGCUAGACAAUCGAUUGUGGCGACUUGAGGACCAGCCGCCGAACCGGGCGCCAUCAGCUGUCUUGCCUGCCCAGGGUCGGCAUCUGUUCCACGCGAACCCACGCACUCCGAUGGUGGUCUCAACGUUGGCCAUGGACCCACCGGAAAAGUACAUCCAGGCUACGGCCGGUACGGUAGCGCACUGA